AUGGUGUCCAGGCUCCCGUUUCUUCUCUGCCUUCUUCUGGCCCUGGCGUCGGCCCUGGCAACAAAUCUGUGUAAACCCGAAGCUGACAAUGGCUACAAAGUGCGUCUCAGUAUCAAGACAGCUCUGGGGGAUAAAGCAUAUGAGUGGAACGAGAGUGAGAUGUUUUUAUUCAGGGCUACGCUGGCCUUUGCCAUGAGGAAGCACUUCAACACAGAAACAUAUGAUGUCUCCAACAUACUCGUCUGUAAUGACACCCCUCGCGUCUCCUUCUGGUUCGUGGUCACCAAACCUGAGAAUACGUCACAGCUUGUCCCUGGAGCACAGGUGGAAGUGGCUGUGAGGAAAUCGAGAAACCGGAUCAACAGUGCCUUCCUGUUGACAGAUCAGACGCUGCAGUUCUUGGGCAUCCCCCCUACACUAGCUGCCCCAUAUGAGCCUGCCACACCUCCCUGGCUUAUUGUUUUUGGCGUGGUCAUCAGUCUCGUCACCAUCGGAAUCCUUGCACUCCUCAUAUCUACCUUCGUGCAAAAGAGGCGCAAAGGAAAAGCAAUGCCUGAGGAAGAGAAGAUGGAGAAUGUCUAUGAGAAUAGCCUGGAGGGGAAAUCUGGGGCUCUCAAUGGAGGAUUCGUGGAGGACGACAAAUACACACAGCUGUAG